AUCUUAAAUUUAAUAAUUUAUUUGGAUGGCAAAAAUCCCAAAAUCUUUUUUUCUUUACCAAUCAAAACUUUAUGGAAAAUAUUUAUCCUUAGUAUUAAUACAAUAAAUGUAAAGAUUUUGUAACACUCACAGACCACUACACAAAAAACAAGAUUUUGGUUUAAUUUAAUCACCUAUGGUGAAGCUAUAUCUUAUGUCUUCUAAUGGGUAUCUUCCUACUCUAUGCUUUCUUCCAGAACAAAGAUUUAACAAGGACUCUCAACGGCUUUUGCCUAGUUAUGAACUACGCGAUGAUGUCAUACGAUCAAGCCCCCUCGUUAUGGGCCAGCAACAGAAUGUCGGGCCAAGUAAGCCAAUAAGCGGGUUAUUCGACAACAAUCGUUUUGAGCUCAUUGACCCGACUGUUACAAAGCCUGCACUCAUCAACAUCCAAGAUUGUUGCGCAAACUCGACACUUUUCAGCUUCAAGUUUCCAACGUCUGAAUUAACCGAAGUAGAAAAAGACCGACUUGAUCUGUUUCCGUUUUCUGACUUAACGGGCCUGCAAUCGUUAACAACUGAAUACAAGCCGAAUGUUCCUGUUACGGGUCAAAUGAAUUGUCAACUUGUUUAUCAAGAUCCAGAGUUUGACUCACCUUUGAUCGAUUUCGUUGGUGAUUUGGUUCGACAUUCUAAAAUUAUGAUCCAUGAGGAUGGACACGUGUCGUUUAUUGGAACUAGAACUGAAAUGAAGGACAUACUUUCGGUUCUUGCUGAGUUUUAUACGUCGAAGAAUUCGACUAAAUGGCGGAAGUCCUUGGUACCGCAGUUCAAUAGGCUGGAUUACGAUGCAACAAGCUAUUAUGGUUCUGCAUUAGAGCUCGAAACCGUGAUCGUUGCUCCUCCAAAGAGCCCGGAGAAAAUCAAACUGAAGCCAUCACCAAAGAAGAAAGGAACGCGUAACAAGACACCGAUCCAACACAGAAGUAACUACCUUCAAGCCUGUGAGUGCCUUCUCUCGAUUAUCGUCGACAAAAACCGAAACGGGAAAUCCGCAAUCUCCACGUUAAAGAAAUCCGGUCCGGAGCUACCAAAUCUCCUAACUCAGUUCUCAGCCAGCAUUGCAGGAACGGGAAUCGCGGUUCUUUUUUCGGUUAUGUGUAAGGUAGCUAGUGGAAGAGUACCGUUUUGUUAUUCGAAAGUUAUCAACACGGGCCUCGGGCUUGGGCUCGUGUGGCUUUCGUGGGCCGUGAACGGAAUGAGGGAUACGAUUGUGACGAUUAGUAAGAACUCGUACAAGAAAAAGGGGUUGAAAGAUGAAGAAAUGAUGAAGAAGUUGGAUAGAAGUGUGAAGGAAAUAUACUUUAGAGCUGCAACAUUGAUGGUAGUGAUGGUGUUGAGGCUUGCUUGAAGAAGGUUAUCACUUAACAGAGUUAAUGUGGAAGUGUAUUAUGGUGUAAAUGAUGGGGGUAAAAUAGGGAUUUUGAUGCUUAGACUACUUUGGGUCGUUCGAUAUGGAGUUGAUCUUUGUUUCGAUCAGUUUUGUCAAAUUGGCGAUGUUGAUUCUUGUUUUGCCGAUUAUAGUGAAGUAGAAGUGACCAUAGCGUAGGUCCGUUCGGUUAUAUUUAUAUAAACCCGAAACCCAAUCAAUAACGUGUAAGUUUUUAAGUGUUUAUACGCGUUGUUUAUUACAUCUA